GAGCAUUUAUUUCUUGUGAAAUGUGUGAAAUAAAAGAAACAAAUAAAAAAUUUGUAGAAAAUUUUAUUUAUACUUAUUCAAAUCUAAAAAUUUCUGGUCAUUAUAAAAUUAAAGUACCUAUUGAUUUUCCAUUUGAAGGAAAUAUUAAUGAAUUGGCAUGUAGAAUUAUAAGUGGAUUUAAUUUGCCAAUAUAUGUUCUAGAUGAUAUUAUUAAAAAAUUAGAGAUGUUUAUAAAUGAUCAUUCUGAAAAAUUGAAUGAUUGCUUAACUUAUGAUGCUAUUGAUUGUAUUAAAAAUGAAACAAUAGAGAUAGAAGACAUAGUGAAGUAUUGGGAAAAAGCUUUCAAAGAAGAAACUGUAACAUACAGUAAUAUUAGGGGGGCAAGUAAUGAUCAACUGUUUGCAACGGCAUUUCACAAAUUAGCACAUUCAGGACCGUCUUUAGAUGCAAUACUUCAUAUAGAAUAUGGCUAUGCACAAGCUGUACAAGAUAUUAUUACAAGGAAGAAAAGACAAAUUUUAUCUGUUACAAAAAUUCAAACUGAAGAAAUGAAUUAUGCUAUGGAAGGAUUAAAUAAAUAUAGUAAUGAAGAAGAUAUAAAUGCUUUAGCAUUGAAGCAUUUUGAUGAUCAAACUUUAAUACAAGGUAAAUGGAAUAGUAAAUUGGAUACAUUAAAACAAGAACAACGUAAUGGUUAUAGAGAAUGGAUUAUGAAAACUGUUGAAGAAAUGCAAGGAACAGAUGGUAUCUUUUCUCCAAUUGGAAACUCUCCUAUUGGAUCAAUUGUUAAUGAGUUCACUAUUUCUAACUCAUCUUUGUAUGAUUUAGAGGAAAGUUUUACCAUACAUCUUGGAUCUCAAAUGAAAUCUACUCACAAUAUUCGUAUAAUGUCAGCAGAUACUUUAGACCUUUUACGGAUUACAUUAGAUGAAAAUGGUACUAUAAUGCAUCAUCCCCAACGAUUACAAACAGUUCUUGAACUAUAUUCUCAUGAUUUAAAAGGUCUAGUUCUUUUUACUGAUACAAAUAAUUUAGAUUUUUAUUCUGGUCUAGCAAAAGAAUUUUUUGACAUUUGUGAAGGUAGUACUGAAUUUCAUUUUGCAUCACUUCAAGAUCAAUUAGAAACUAUGAAAUCUGAUCUCAAGGUAGCUGUAGAAAAUCGUAAAUGUAAAGGGCCUAUUAGUAACUUUCUGUCACCUGAGUUGCAGGCUCGACGUAAUAAAUCGAAGUUGUUACAAUGUGGAGAUGUAUAUAUAACAAAACAUUCCAAUCUUGCUUCUGUUCAUCUUAUAUUUCAUAUGGUUAUUGAUGACUCAUUAAAAUCAGCAGAUACUAAUUCAAGGCACCCUGUUAUUUUGGGAUUAAGAAACAUACUAAAAGCUGCAUGUUCAUAUGAUAUAACCAUGAUAACUAUUCCAUUGUUUUUGAAUCACGAAAUGACUGAAGAUAUGACAGUUCCAUGGUGCCAAAAACGAGCAGAAUUAGUUUUGAAGUGUGUAAAAGGAUUUAUGAUUGAGUCAGUAUCCUUAGGAGGCUCAGAGCUAAAAACAAUUCAGUUUCUAGUACCAAAAGGUAUAUCGGAAGAAGUAUUUGGGAUACUAGCAACAAUGGUGCCAACUAUAUUUAGAGUAUCUACUCCAUUAGUAUUUAACUCAACAGAACCUGAGCCAAAAUUAUCAACUAAAAACAAAAAGUAUACUAAAAGUAAAAAUUCAUUUGUAAUAAAAUAAUUUGUUUUAUAAAAAAAAAAAACAAAUUAAACUAAAUACUUUAUUUAUUACUUGAUAAAAUUAUUAAAUAUUAAUUCUAUGACCUUGUUAAUAAAUAUGAGUAAUCUUAAAUUAUAAAAUUACCCAUUACUUAUAUUUUUAUUAAUUGUUACUUCUUUUUUAAUAUCUAAUUUUAUUAUUUAUUAAUAUAUAUUUUAUUAAAAAUUCAAUUUAUCUUAUGAAACCAUGUUUAUAAUAAUAACAAAUAACAAAUUUCAAAUAUUUUAUAAUGAAUCUCAAUUACUUCUCCAAUAUUAAUUUAAUUGUAAAAAUAUAAGUCAAGUAAAUAAAAACUUAAUCAGUGACUAUAGUCAAUAUAAUUAUUUGAUUAUAUUUAGAACUUUAAGAGUUAUUACAAAUUGUGAAAUUUGAAUAGUUGUUUUAUCCAUCUAAUUUAAUUCUUAACCUAAAAUAUAUUUAUUUGUAAUAUUGAACAUUUUUUUUUGUUUAGAGGAGAUCAGAUAAAAUUUGGGAUCUCUUUAAGUCCUUUCAGAUUGUAUUAAAAAAAUACCUAAUUUUCAUGGGCCAUUGAGUAAUCACGAUGAGCAAUCGCUCUCAAAAUGACCCCUUGGGCGUACACUUAAACUAAAGUUUUUAUCAUGUAAUGUUAAAAUAACUUUUUUUUUUAUUAUUUUUUAAAGACAAUUAAAAUUAAAAUCAGAUAUAGAUGGUAUUAAAAUUAAGUAAAGAUUAUAAUUUAAAGGGUUAAAAUCCAUCCAAAUAUUUUUUUUUAGUAUUAACAUCUAAUAUUCUCUCCCCUGUUUAAGUGUAAUAGUAACCUUAGUUAUGUUCAUACGUGAUCAGGAUCAAAUUUACGAUUUUGUCACCUUCUAAAAUUUAUGUAAGAAUUUAAUAAACAUAAUGUUUUUAACAUGAGCAAUUAGUCACUA